AUGACCGGCAGUUUUUUGUUCUGGAUUUUCGUCACUCAUUUCAUUCCGAAACUUGGGUUUUUGUUAACUUUAACGUUUGGAUUAACACUUCUCUCGUUGAAUUAUCUGGGAGCCCAGAGAAAUUUCGGUUCCUAUAAGUACCUUAUCAGCGCGUUCACCGCACUUGGCAUGUGUUUUGCUACAGUGGAGAUUGUUGUGUACCCGGUAGGUUUACUGUGGCGCCCGACGUUUAACGGGUUCCGAAGUGUUGCAACUCGUCAGGUGUCGGCUGCAGCUUUUGUAACUAAUUUUAGAACGUGCACAACUUCAAAGCAGCUCUAUUGUUCUUCAGUUUCGAAGAAUCAUUUUGGUUAAGUGGGCCAUGGUCGAGAAACAUUCCGCUAGGCCAGUCCAAAAUCAAGUUUCUCAGUUGAAACUGUAAAUUUUCAGCAGGCUACACAUUUUUCCAUUCUGCAACAAUGUCUCUACUAUCUGUGCAGUUUAUUUACAGAUAUUGAGCAGUUUUUGACACCAACAAGCUCGCCUAUUUCAAAGGCUUCUACUCCCUGAUCUGGGUCGCCUAUUGCUCAUUUUUCGGCUUCCAGUAUGCACUGGGAACCUAUUUCUUUUUGGCGAGAGACCAGGUCUCAGAUACAAAAUAAACAGUUUUUCAAGACAUUGAUCCUUCAGAUCACAAUGCCGACGAUCAUAUUAUUCAUUCCAAUAACUGUCAUAAUUUUCCUUCCUUUAUUCAACUUAGAUGUGAGCUUGCCGUCUGGAGUAAUGCUGUGCAGCUUUACUUUGUAUCCAGCCACGGAUUCACUUAUUGUGAUGUAUGUCGUUUCGGAGUAUCGAAUGACUGCAAAAAGAAUUCGAAUGAUUCUGUUCAGAAGUUUCAAAGAGAUUAAACAGUCAAGAGUUGGCACAAUCGCGUCAGUAGGAGCAACAAGUUUCACACCAAUGCCGCCAUGAAA